AUGGAGGUCGUCUUCCUCGGCACCUCCUCGGGCUCGCCGUCGUUCACGCGGAACGUGUCGUCGUACGCGCUUCGACUCACGGACGAGAUAUGGCUGUUCGACUGCGGCGAGGCGACGCAGCACCAGCUGAUGCGCUCGAAACUUCGAUACACGAAAAUCACGCGGAUAUUCAUCACGCACAUGCACGGCGAUCACAUCUUCGGGCUCCCCGGAUUGAUCUGCGCGUUGUCCGGCGCGAGGGCGGAGCUCCGACGCGUGCACGGCAAGGACCCGACGCCGCUGUACAUCACCGGCCCGCCGGGGAUCUGCGACUACGUCCGCGCGGCGAUAACGUGCUCGCGGACCGUGUUGGGUCUCCCGCUGAUCGCGCCGAGCGCGCGAAACGAUCGAAACGGGAACGAGGGCGGGAUCGUCGUCCGCGCCGCGCCGCUUCGGCACCCGGUGCCGUGCUUCGGGUACGUCGUCGACGAGCCGGACCAGCCGGGGCGGAUGGACGUGGAGAGGGCCACCGCGCUCGGGUUGCCCCCCGGCCCGCUGUACAAAAAAUUGAAAAACGGCGAGCCGGUGACAACCGCGGAUGGCGUCACGAUCCGCCCGGAGGACGUCCUCGGUCCGACGCGCCCGGGGCGCCGCCUCUGCCUCCUCGGGGACACGUGCGACAGCGUCGCGAUCGCCGAGCUCGCGCGCGGCGCGGACGUUCUCGUGCACGAGAGCACGUUCGCGGCGUUUAAGCGCGACGAGGCGCUGUAUAAGGGACACUCGACGUCGGCGAUGGCGGGCGCGUUCGCGAGGUUGAUCCGAGCGCGUAACCUGCUGCUGACGCACUUCAGCAACCGGUACGGCGCC